GUUUGUCAUGGCUUCCCCUAUCAACCAACAACUCUAGCUUAUGAUCCUGUCCAAAGCUUAUUAGCGGUUGGAACGAGAACUGGAGCUAUUCGAUUGUAUGGUAAGGUUGGAAUUGAGUGCCAUCUUCUAUAUGAGCAUGACACAGCAAUCAAUCAAUUACUCUUCAUGGUGAAUGAGGGAGCUCUAAUUAGCGUUUCAAGUGAUGUUGUCCAUUUAUGGAAUUUACGUCAACAAAGACCUGCAGUGUUGCACUCUCUAAAGUUUAAAAAAGAAAAAGUCACCUAUUGCUACGUACCAUUAAAAUCAAAAUGGCUUUAUGUUGGCUCCAAAAAGGGUAAUACAUACAUUGUGAACGUUGAAACUUUCGAAAUAUCAGAAUAUAUUAUCUAUUGGAAUCGAGCCAUAACUACGUCUUGCAGCACUCAUCCCGGUAGUGUAAAAUACAUAGGUGAAAAACCAGAUGACAGUAAUAAGUUGCUGAUUGGAUUUGAAUUGGGUAUGUUGUCGCUGUGGGAUUUAAAGAGUCAACAGACCGUUGUCAAAAUUCAAUGUCAACUCGCACUAAUGUCAGUAUCAUGGAAUUUUGACGGAAAGACAUUGAUGUGUAGCCAUCCUGAUGGCACUCUUACUACAUGGAAUAUUAACAAGACUAAGAAACCAAUUCAAGUUAAAGUUCCUCAUGGACAUGUUAAAAAUUGGUCAAAAACCGAUAAAUGUCAACCGUGUACCAUUGUUAACAAGGUUGCUUGGGUGCAAGGCAAAGGGAGCGAGCCAUUCAUUAUGUUUACCGGUGGUGUUGCCACAGAUCGACCAAAUCGAGAUCAGUGCUUUACAAUAAUGCAAGGAAGAGAAAUGACUUUGUUUGAAAUGGAAGAUGAUAUUAUAGACUUUACGUGUUUAUAUGGCAGCCCUUGGCCGAAUGACUUUGAAGAUCCAUUUGCAGUCGCUAUUUUACUUGAAAAUGGCUUGGCGGUGUACGACUUAACAUUACCAAAUUAUCCGCCGUAUAAAAUCCCAUAUACCAUCAAUAUUCACGAAUCAGCAGUUACGUCAACUCAGUUUUAUUCUGACUGUCCAGUGGAUUUGUUCACGUGCCUUUAUUCGCUUGGAAAGAAGCAUAAAAAGAGUGGUAUUAGCUAUUCAGAAACGGAAUGGCCCUUGAAAGGUGGCACUUGGGGUGAAUCUUACAAAGAUUCUUCACUUGAUUUAGUUAUUACGGGACAUUCUGAUGGAUCUUUACGAUUUUGGGACGCAACAGCUAUUGCAUUUCAGUUCAUGUUUAAGUUCUCUACAACGAAAAUAUUUGAUCGCGAGAGAGUGAAGGAGAGCAGUGAGAUGGACGAUGAACCUUAUGCAAUACAGGAUAUUAUUUUAUGUAUGAACAGUCGUACACUCGUAGUAUCAGGAGCCGCUGGUUAUGUAAUAUUAUACAGGUUUAACUUCAAGGAAACAACAGCGGAAUUAUCGGUUAUGGAUGUGAGUGUAGCAGAUCAAGUCAGUGAUACUGGUAACGAUUGUCACAUGCCUAUGAGGGCUGACACCGAUACAAGUAAUAUUUUACACCUGGCUAAGUUGAGAUCAGGUCCGAUAAAACAGUCUCCUGGUUUUCAAGCAGACUUGAUCUGUCGUAAUGCUCAACCUGGUAGUGAUAUGGAAAAUCCUGGUAGUAACAGCAUUCUUUCCUUAUGUUAUAGUUCAGGAUUUGGCAUAAUGGCAUUCUCUAAUAUUAAAGGGUUAAUAAUUAUCGAUACAGUUCAAAAGCAUUGCGUAAUGUCUGUUAGAACUGUUGAUGUUUAUGGUAAGUAUUCGCCUGUAUUUUCUGGUUCAUCUCAUGUUAAAGCUGGUGAAUCUCCGCCUCCUUCAGCCGGCUUAUCGAAUGGAAGCGCAAGUCCCAGCACUCCAAGGAAAAUGAAGUGGUCGUACGGAGGAAAAAGAGGUAUGCAAUCAUUUAGUGGUAAAAGCCAAUCAAAUCCAUCGAUUGAAACAGAUAAUGAAGAUUUAAGCUUAAGAUCACGCAGUUCAAGCUUAUGUAGUGUUGAUAGGGAAGGCAAUAAUAAGGAAACUGUUCGUUACUUAAAUCUGUUGGAAACCUAUGCACGCAAAGGAGACGCAACUGCUACUGCAUCUCUAUGGAUCGGAACUAGUUCCGGAAGCAUUCUUGUUAUUAUUCUCAACUUACCUCCUACUGGCGUAGAACGAGUGAAACAGCCUGUGAUAAUCUCCCCUAGUGGUCACUAUCUUUUUAAAUUGGUUUAA